GAUGAUGCAACUUAUCACUCAGAAACACAGCUGAAAACAUCCUGUUCACAGAUGGUCAGUCAGCAUUGUUUCCUCUGGAAUAUUCAAAUAAUUAACACAAUGGUUUUUGAAGAAGUGAAGCAACUGAUGCAAUUUUGAAAGAAUCGUGCACAAAUUUAUGGGAAGAUAAGUGAAAUCGCUUUAAAAACCAGAAAGGCCUGAUAAUGUCUGAUAUUCCUCAACAGUUUUCUUUCCAAUUUCUGACAGUCACCGGAUGAGAAGACAGAUUCUUGUUAAGAUAUCUCUUUUGACAGGAGCUAUAUUGUGUGUGUUAGUGUGUGUUUCCUCUUGCACAGGCCUUGAGGUUAGAAGGUGGAGCUACAUUGGGUUCUUCUUGGUUUCAUUUACAGUUACCCAAACUUUUGCCAUAUCAGUCUGAAUCGUCGGCAUGUAGCCUGUGUUGUCAUGGUUUGCAUCACUGUCUUUCUUUAGCAUCGGUUUUAGUGUCGGUGGGAUUGAAAAUGACUGUGAUCUGGCACCUGGCUUGUCUGUGGACUGUGGUCAUCACUCUUGCUGGUUUUGGUUUUUGCGGCGAUGUUUCGUUCGUGGAGCGGCUGGAGGGAGAGUCGGCGGUCGUCCGCUGCGACAUGAAGCCGAGGAGCCAGCCGCCCUUCGGCCUCUACCUGAGGCGCAGCUGGCUCCGUCCCGUGGACGUCCUCUUCAAGUACACCAAGAGCGACGCCACCGUCAACGAGUCCUUCAGAGGCCGAGUGAGCGUCAGCGGAGACCCGAGCGAUUUCUCCGUCAAUGUGACCCUCUCCCAGCUCGGGGCCGCCGACACAGACCGCUACACCUGCGAGUUCAUGGUGGAGAGAAUUGGCGCAGAGGAUGAAAAGAUCCCAGGCAACACCGAAGUCUUCCUCCAAGUCAGCCCUCAUGCUCCAAGCUCCGUGGACCUGGACCUGAUCCAGACCUGCACCGGAGGUUCCGCUGUGCUUCCCUGUUUCACCCCAAAUAGCGAAGGCUCGGCUGUGGAAGGUGUGGUUCUGAACAGGCAAAGGGGCCGGGCCCCCGUGGAGGUGGCCUACCACUCUCAACGGCGCCACACUUCCCUGUUCCCCACUGAGAGAGUCCUGCUGUCGUCUGCGCCCGGUCCGGGCGGCAUCACCUUCAACGUGACGCUGCUGCAGCUCCAGCCUGAGGACAGCGCCCUCUACAGCUGCCAGCUGCUGCUGCGCGGCAGGCCCGGCAGCAGCACCAGUCUUAGGGGUCAAGUGUUCUUUAUUUCCGUGCAAGGCGAUAGGUGCGGCUGCUCCAGCUACCCCACGCUGCUCUACGCCUUGUCAGGAGCCGUGGGCGUCCUCUUCCUCCUCCUGCUCCUCGUUGGAUGCGUGGCGGCGUGGAAAGUGAGUGGUCGUGGUAAAACCCGCCAGGGUGCCAAGUCACGCUCUCAGGCGCCCAUCUACGAGGAGAUGAUCGGGGUGCAGUCUCCCAGCCGAAAGCUGCCCGCUCACCGACUGGAGGAAGUCGAAUCCACCGAGUACAAAAACUGCCCGUUGAAAAGGGCCAGCCCUGGGAACCAUUAUGAGAGCCCGAGUGGGGCUCUCUUUCCCAGGAGGGAUUUCUGAGAAAUGACAUGUUAGAUCAGAAUAGGAUGACCCAAAACUUUCUGAAAUUUGCAGAACUCUUUCACAUCUGUCUAUAGAUUAUCAGAAGAUAUAUUUUUGUGGCCUUUCAAAGAAGAAAAAAAAAGCACAAUUCCCCUUGCAGACUUCUUCUGUUUUUGCCGCAUUUGAAUGUUUCAGAACAUCAAACAACAAAAUGCAAAUUAAUUGGCCCUUUUUUCUUAAAAUGUGAAUUUGUCCUUAUCGACCACAUAUUUUGGAAAGUUUCACAUGACCUCAUUACGGCUACACAUUUAGAAUCAAGAAAUCAUUUAAAGAGCACCUGUCCAACAACAGGAAGGGAGGCCUAAUGAUCUCAAAAAGCAAACACAGCAGUGGCGAAGAAAUGUUAAAAACAGACAAGAAGCAAAGUGCAAAGGUCACAAAGUCAUUUCUAAGGCGUUGGAGAAAUGUCCACAAAUGAGUGAAACAACAGCGGCCAGCCUACAGAAACGACUCCAGGGCCUCAUGACAACUGAGCCAGAAGGUGGCAAAAGAGCGUAGAACAUCUAAACUGCCUCGGUAAAUCUGGAAAAAUAUUCUGUGGAGACAAAAGUAGAACGUUUUUCUUGUAACAUUUGGAAUAAAACUAAUGCACUAUUUCAGGAAAUAAACCCAAAAAACGUCACUCACUCAGGGUGCUGUGGUGGCGCGGUGGUAAAGCACAACCCACAUAUGGAGGCCUUGGUCCUCAAUGCAGACGUCACAGGUACAAGUCUCAGCCUGAUGAUCUUUGCCUUAUCGUGACGCAGCUUCCUGUCUAACCACUCCUAAAUAAAGGCUGUUUAAAAAAAAACAAAAAAAACAUCACACCCUCAAACAAGCAUGGUCUGAGUCUGGAGAUGAUUUCUUCUGUAGGAGCUGGAUGACCCAGUGCAGUUGAUGGAAGAAUAAAUUCAGUUUCUGAUCUUAUGACAGAACAGCAACUCCUUUAGCUGAUCCUGUUUGGGUUAAGCAGCAAGAUGCCAGUCCUGCACUGAAUGCCUAAAAAUACCCAAAAAACUUGAAAGGUUUUGGACUGGCCUAGUCAAAGUCUACUCUUGAAUCUAAUUGGGAUGAUAGGGAAUGACCCACAACAGGCUGUUUCUGUGGCCGAAUUAUAAUAUCGCUCCUAAGAAUAGCUGGCAGAGUGAUGUAAAAAGACUCGUUGCCAGUUAUUGUAAAUAUUUCAUGUUUGCGAGUCAAGUUUUAUAUUUAGGGGAUAAUUACUUUUUCCCACUUAAUAUUGAAUGAAAUUACUGUUGGACAACUAUAUAUAUAUAUAUUUUUUUUUUUAUCUAGUCAGUUUAUCCUUUGAUGAUGUCAAACAUUUACAGGUAACAAAAAUCUGGAAGGGGGGCAAAUAUUUUUUUAUUGGACUGUAUAUGUGAAACAACUCAAUGUCAUUCCUUCAUAUAGUUUUUUUUUCUUGUAUUUCAUUAAAAGUGUUGAAACAAAAAGUUCAAACUUGUGGGAUUUCAUUUUCAUUUGUCGUCACACCUCCACACCUAGAAACGUUUGGUGACCUGAGGGGGGGGGGGGGGGGGGUGUCCGCCGGGCCGUGUUUAGUUCAGUUCAGUUACGCACAACUCCUAUAAAAUUGCAAUAAUCUUGGAAUUGCAAUUUUAUUACCAGUAAAAACAAAUCUUACCUAAACAAAAAAUGUUAAGUACAACACAAAGUAUUUGUUUAAAGCAAAUAUGACCACAUCACAUACGGAGUGACUUUAACUCAAAAGUUGACUGGUGCAAGAAAAUCUCUGAAUCUGCUUAAUUAUUUAUUAAAAGUAGUUAUAUAUGACAAGUGAUUUUAAAGAAAGGGUGACCCAAAUCCUGCUAUUGCUGAAAUUUGACAAAAAUAUUUUGUACCUUUUUUUAAAUAAACAAAUUACAGAUACAGUUCCUAAAAAUAUAUAUAUAUAAAAUUUGGUCCACAUGACAGAAAAUGUGGAACACCACUGACUGAAGACAUUUACCAAUAAGAACAGAACAAACCUAAAAAUGGUCAAAAAAAAUUCUACACCACUGUGAUAUACACUUUUUUUUUUUUUUAAAGAAAAGGACAAGACAACGAGUAACAGACGAGAAAAUGUGUAUUUUAUUAAUAUAGUCUGAAAGAAGCUCCAUAAUUCAUGGAAACAUUGUUUUUUUUCCAAUGCAUGUUUUCAACAAUCACAUUCUAUGAGGAGAAAAAAAGAACAUUAAAAGCCACAACUUUGCAUUAAAUGUACAGACAUUUUUCCGUAAUGUUUUUUUUUGUUUGUUUUUGUUUUUGUUUUUUUCCCCCAAAGUGAAGAGAAAGGCAAAGGCAAAGUCCCCACAUCCCACCCUGACCCUCCCACCUGUCCCUAAAAAACAGACAGCCUUAAAAGUCAUGGGCUUUUUUCAGUACAACCCACAGUGCUUUAGCAGAAAGAUAAGCGCUCAUUGGUUAAGGAUUACACAGCAUGACGACGCAAUGUAACGUUUUGCUUAAACAUUAGAUAAAGACGGGGUUUUUUGGGGUGGGGGCGGAGAUGAAAGACACGAGAAAAACAAAAACAAAACAAAAAAACAAUAACCCCAAAACAUCAAACCCCGAAGCCCAGAGUCUUGGUUGACCAUCACCUGCAGUACAUCUGCAGGUGAUUGGACUAGUCCCUCCCACUUGUGCAUAGAUCAGAAUCCUUUUACAACCAGCUUCAUCCCUCCACUUAAAAACCACCUGUUACAUGGGAGGAAACGUCAUCUUAGUCACAGGAACAAACAUGCUCUACAACAGACAGGAGAGAUUAUUAAAAGAAAAAGGAGGGGAAAAAAUGGCUUGCACCAUGCUCCCAAAAAAAAAAAAAACCGGAUGGAAAAUAAAAGGACAUGAAAGAAAAAGAAAAACCUAUUUUGUAAUUUAAAAAAAACAAAAACAAAAAAACGGAUCAUUGUUCCAAUGUAAAGCAAUUUCUACUUGGAUUUCACAUGUAAAGCGCUCCACUUUUUGCAAAAAAAAAAAAAAAAAAAGAUUCUCAGUCUUAUUUGGUAAACAUUUAAUUUCUAAAAAACUUUUUUGUUUUUCUUUUGUGGUUUGAACUAAUAAAACUUUAGUGAUUGCUUGGAGUAGAAUAGUUGUCAGUUCCUUUAGUUUUUCACCACACUACCAUUAAAACGCAGAACUGAUGAGGUUUUGGAUCUGGAACCCUGGCCUUCCUGAGACAAAAAAAAUCCACGUCUUUUUUUGUUUGUUUUUUUUUUUCUAACAAGUGUGCAAGAAAGUGAGCGAACUGUGUCGCGGUAUUACAGGAAACAUCAAAUCACAACUCAAUACAUGUACAGAGAGAUAGUCACCAAAAAAAAAAAGAGAACUUAAAACCAUUUUCUUUUUUUUUCUUUUUUUUUAAAAUACGACACAAACACUGAUCGAUCCCAGAGUUUUGAAGUAGCGUCAAACCUUCGUUCGGCAAGAUUUUCAUGUCCGUAUUUGAUGGAAGAUUAGCUUCGUCCUUUUGAAGAACAUUCCUGUUGUAGAGUCCUGUUUUCUUGAGCUUCAGACAAAAUGACAUGCUUGUAAACGACAGGUGGCUUUUUGCAAAAACAAAGAAAAGAUAGGCACCUCUGAAAUGAGUCGCAACAAACUCGCCUCCCAUGCUUUUAUCCCUUUACAUUUCUCCGACAAGUUCACUUCUGGAUUACUAGUCCUUCUACAGCUAUCUAUGGCCACAGUUAGCUUGUUUCCUUCUUCCUUUUUUUUUUAAAAUCUCCAUUUUUUUUUUAAAAGGUUUUAUAAUUUUUUUUUUGAACAUUUUCCUUUUUGUGUUUUUUGCUACAUUUUCUUUACGUAACUGAAACGAAAUGGUGCAAUACUCCAUGAUAAUCCUCAAAUGGGAUUAUCUCACAAUAAAAGCCACUAUAAGGUAGAUAAUUUUUUUUUUUACAGAUAGAACGGGGGAGGAGCAAAAAAGAUAAAAAAUAAAAGUCCUUGAGUAAACAUGUACACGUGAAUUGUCGCCAUCGCCCCUUUGCCCUUAGACGCGUUUACCUACGAUUAGCCGAGCAAGGGGUAGAAGACACUCAGUGCAACAUUAGAAGAUAAUCAGAAUGAAUUAGACCAAAGAAAACAAAAAAGCAAAACACAAAACAUAACAGAGUUGAACAUAACAGCAGGCCAUGUGCCGAGUACACAGUUUUUAGAGCACACAUUCAUACAAACAUCUGAGAUGAGUUUUCUUUCUUUUCCAAAUCUGUAACCUAAUGCAAUACAUAUCUGAUAUUCUCUACAAAAAAAAAAGCCCAUAUAUGUACCUGUCAGCUGGAAAAAAAAAAAAAAAAAAAAAAAAAUUACUGACUUCACAUUGUUAUUGGCGUUCCAUGAUUCAAGUAUUUCGUUAAAUAACUUUUUUUUGUGGUUUUGAUAUGUCUGCGAUUUAACAACAGGGUAAAAUAUGUAAAUUAGCAGGUGCUUCGGGUCGGGCUUUUAAAAAAAAAAAAACGUACGCAAA